AUGGAAAUUGUUCAUGGCAAAGAUUUGACCUUUUCUGACAUCUCUCUAAAGCACCGUAAUAAAGGUCUAGCAUUCAAAAACCUGUUCGUUGGUCAGGAAAACACCCCUGAGAACCACCUCCUCGCUCUUGUCCGGUCAAUUGGCUUUUAUUCUCCGCGCCACAAACACAACUUUGACCAGUUUCGUUACGCCUAUAAGGGCGAUAUUUCCAUCAGCCCUGACAAAAAUGCCUUUGAGGGGGAGCUUGUCUACCAUCCCGAAGGCGUCCACUACGGGCCGCAGAAGGAUUCUGAUGGGGAGCGAGUGGUUCUCAUUUUACAAUUCGGUGGAGCAAGUGGUCAAGGUUUUCUUUCGUACCGCCAAUUAGAGGAAGGCCAGAAAGAGCUCGCCCAGCUCGGCUAUUUUGAGGGUGGUAAAUUUUAUCGAAACGGACGACAGGAAGUUGAUGAGCCACAGGAUGGAUAUGAGGCACUGUGGGAGAAGUUCAAUGGUCGACAACUCAUUUACCCUCCCGGUCGCUACAAAGAUCCUAUCAUCAUGAGUCCGGUCAACUAUGCGUGGCGCCCGGCAAACAAUUUAGCAAACACGGACGGGAUGACUUUUAAGAAGUCUCUUGGAGUGUUUACUGAGCGCGAAACCCGAGCAGAGAUGAUUAAGAUGGAGAAGCUGGGGCAAUUCUCUAUCGCUUCAGAAAAUGCAAUACAGCUGAUUUUUAUCUUGAGCGGUGCGGGUGAAGCAGAAGGGCAGCCGUGGGAAGAAGAGUCAGCGAUACGGGUCUCGCCUGGCAAAGAAGUUGUGCUUUCUGCACAUCGAGACACGGAAAUUUUGCUGUUUACCCUGCCGAUGUUAGAUUAAUACUAAC